AGUGCGCUACUGCUAGUGUGUCUUUAGGAGAUCUAAAUAAUUAUACCAAACAACAAUAGCUAGCGAGCGUGUUGGGUUUUCCUUUAGGAUCUAUUGAAUAUAAACCGGAAGAUAAAUCUUAGCAAUCUAAACACAUACAGACGGUUACUAGAGUGUCAAUAUUUAGAUCUAGUUACUUAACACUUUAAACUUGUGACUAAUGAUAUUUUUUAAAGCGAUCAACAUUCGAACUGGAUUUAUCGGAUACAAAAGCAGAUAAUAAAUCUGGUCCGGAUUUAAAUUACUCCCCUUGAAGACAAGUCCAAAAGUUAAUGAUCAAGAAAUGAUGGAGUUAUGGGACUUGACUUUGAUUUUCUUUGUCGCUUCUGCAUCGACCUACGGCAAUGUUUUACACCAAGAAACCGAUGUUCAUUAUGCAGUGUCAUACUUUAAUAAUAUACACACUAGCAAGUUGCAGGCACCGAAGGGUAUACUCCAAGAAACAGCUAUUAAAGAAGACGCCAACGAUGGAAAUCCUUCUAACCAAAACACAGAGACUAACAAUAUGCAUUCUCCAAAAAGUCUUUCCAGUGAGGGUACGAUGUUUCAGUUCAAAUUUAGCGAAUGGAAGGGCUCUGAUAUAUUUGACAAGGAUGGAAACUGCAGUGUUGUGAUUGGAUGUACGGACUUGUAUCAUAGUGACAGCUGCCUAGUGUGUCGCUGCUCGAAAAAUUCAACCAUAUCUAUCAUCGCAGACUGUAGUAACGCCAAUCUUGACCAGGUUCCAACACAACUGCCCUCCAGCAUCAGCCAUCUUUUGCUGGCAUACAACAGAUUGAAUAGCUCUUCACUGUAUCCAGGCGUGUUUGACAAGUAUACAGAUCUUGAAGUUCUUCAGCUCGACUCCAAUAACAUCACGACACUAGCAGAUGGUGUGUUUCGUGGGCUGUACAAACUGGAGCGGCUCAAUGUCUAUAACAAUAGUAUCGCCAUGGAUAGCAACCUAAACAAGUCUCGCGUUUUUGCGCCUUUGAAUGGUUCUUUAGUCUACUUAGUGAUGAACAGAAACAACCCAAACACAAGCAACCCAAAUCUUGUGUACCCAGACUAUGCCUUGUCUUUAUUGACAAACCUUAAAACUCUUUAUAUUGAUGGUCUUCGAGGAAAAAGAUUUGGUCCACUGUUCGGUUUGUUAAAAAAUUUGACAAAGCUGGUCAUAUCCGGGUACGAUCAAGGAUAUUGCUUUUUGGAGUCGCUGCACAAUGAUACAUUUAAAUAUUUAGUUCACCUGAAACAUUUAAACAUAUCUGACUGCGGGUUGAACGGGUCACUAGUUGAGAGUAGCGCAUUCGCUCCUUUGAACAAACUGAAAGUUUUGGAUCUUACUAACAAUUUCUAUCUCGGUCUUGAGGCUAUAGGUAACCUGAUGUAUGGUCUAAGAAAUAGCCAAACUCUUAGACGUUUGAAGAUUCAGCGAGUGGUGCCCAGAUUCUCCCCUUGUAUUCUGAUAUUAUCUAAGACUCUGAGAUACUUCAGGAACAUGAGUCUGGAGAACAUUGAAGCUAUGGAUAACGAGAUUGAGAUGAUUGAAUUUGGAGCAUUGAAGAUGUUGCCAGCUACUUUAAAAACUGUCAAUCUGACUAAUAACAAAAUAAUGUUUGGUGCGUACUGGAAGAAUAUGGGCGAGCUAGUCAGUUUGGAGAAUCUACAUUUGGACGGAUUCUUUAAGCCAGUACAAUUUCCAUUAGUCUUUCCAGAUAGCAGUUUUAAGUGUGUAAGUCCACCUGAAGGGUAUGGCUCUUUCCCUAACAACGGAUGCAUAUGUAAUGACAAUUCAUGCUCUGAAAAUCAAACAGAUUUUAUGUUGCCUCUUCCACCAAAAUUGAGAAAUGUAACCAUGCACAGCAACUCUAUGGCCUACAUUAUUAAUAACAUCACUUUCUGCUCCAAUAACAGUCUAGAAUAUGUCGACGUUAGCAGCAAUCACUUCCAGACUCUUCAGGGUCCAGUGAUGGGCUUAGAACAUCUUAAAGUCUUAAACAUGUCCAGUUGUUUCAUAGAAACGAUAGGUGAUACAUUUUUUGACAACUUGACCAGCUUAGAACAUUUAAAUCUAUAUCAAAACUUGCUCGGCGAUUGUCUGAAUGCAGACCUGAAAGGGCAGAUUUUUGAUAAGCUUACAUACCUGGAAUCUAUUAAUAUUUCUUUUAACAAUCUCUACAGACUUAACAGAAACGCAUUUGGGUCAAUGGAGAAUUUGUUAGCACUGGACUUAUCCAUAAAUCGUUUGAGUCAUGCUAACUUCAGCAUAACUCACAUGAAGAGAUUGCAGUUUAUUGAUCUACACAGAAAUGAAAUCGCCUCUCUUCCUGAAGUUAUUCGGAGCCACAUAAGCUGGCUACUCAGCAGGGGAGUGAACGUUACCAUUGACAUGCGUCAGAACCCCAUCGAGUGUGACUGUGGAAAUCUAGACUUCCUCCAAUGGGUCGUGGACACGAAAGUUUUCGGCAACAAUUACUCCUAUUACUACUGCAAAUUCCCGAUUGCCAACGCGCAGGCUCUGGAGAUGAAGAACGGAUAUGAUGAACAGGUAGCAAUGCUGAGCUACAGUUGUGAGAAGCAUAUCAUUAUGUUUCUGUCAGUGGCAGGUGGAACCUUGCUCAUGGUCUUGGUCCUAAUUGCAGCAUUGAUAUACAGAUUUAGAUGGACAUUACGUUACUGGUACCAUGCAGCUAAAAUAAAAAUAUCUUCUACUAGAGAGGUGGAUGUGAAAGACUUCAAGUACGACGUAUUUGUUAGCUAUGCUAAUAGCGACAUUGACUUUAUAUUGCAGGAGCUGAUCCCCAAGCUGAAAGAGAGAGGUAUCAAAGUUCUGGUCCACGGAGAGAAGUUUAAAGUUGGCAGGUACAUCACGGAUAACAUUUACAAAGCUGUGGUGAAAAGUCGAAAGACGUUAAUCGUUAUCACCAAGCACAUGUUGGAUAGCCACUGGUGUAGGUAUGAGCUGCAGAUGGCAAAAAUGCAGUCAGUGGCCACUGGACGCGACGUUCUUGCUUUUCUUAUUCUAGAGGAUAUACCCAGCUCCAAACUCGGACCAGAAGUUCUUGCUCACAUGAAAAGUAGCACGUACAUCAUCUAUCCCAAGCUCCCCCAACACAAAGGUGCAUUCUGGGAUAAACUAGCAGACGACCUUCGUUCAUCUUGAACAUAAUUGACUUUUGUUUUCAAUGAAACCCAAGAACGCCACUUGCUAAACUUUUUCUGCAAAAGAAACACUUUGUUAGCGCUAGUAGCAGUGUAUUGGAUCGAUCUUCAAACAUGCUCUACCAUAAUAAGGCAGGCAAUAACAAAGUUAUAGUAGUAAUAAAAGGCAAAUGUUAUGGGCAUUGAUACGAAUAUAACAGACGAGAAGUUUCUCUUGACAUGUUAGUAGCAGACAUUUGUAAUCCCAAAGCUCAUCAGGAAACCAUACUGCUUAUUAUAUUGUUACGAAUUUCUAUAUCUUCUGGCUAGAUGUAUUAGUUGGCACACAAAUAAAAACACAGCAAAGAACUUGACGACUAAACUUUCAGUUUCAUAUAACUUUAAUGACUAUUAACUCUAACAAUUCGUUACUGUAACAUGUAGCGUAGAAGACUGUACAAUAUCUGUCAGUUUACAGUUAGCUAUACUUCGUUGCAAUUCAUCUCUUCACUUCGUUGCAAUUCAUCUCUUCCCAACUUGCACCGAGUCGUAUUCCACAGAACAGACCAACGACACACUUCCCAGUGUCGCUCCAGGUCUCCCAAAGCUGAACCAAGUCGUCCUCAAGUCUAUCGAAUCAGAGCCGCACACGUCUUACAUCGACUGUAUCGACUGUAACGGCUCAAGUCCACUGUAGUACGCUGUAUAGACUUUAACGACAGUAGUCCACUCCAGUUAACUCUACCCUAGUUAACUUGCAUCGAGUCGUACACAUUUCUCUUCCACUAGGGCCGCACACGUCUUACAUCGUCUGUAUCGACUGUAACGGCUCACUCACGACUCCACACGACUGACUUUCACAUUAACUUUCUGGCUUAAAUAGAGUCCCUAAUCGCUUGUCCAAAGUUGCACAAACACGGCUAGUAUCCUCUGGAAUAACACGUGAGGAAAUGUCACAUCCUGUCUUUGUUUAUACACGUAGAUUCCAGAAAACAUCGGCUGCAGUGUCAUCAAGUCAGGGUCACACGUAGUGACCUUUAUCUGUCACUGUUCAUUAGUAACUGUCCCUCUACUUAGAUCUAUUCGUCCCCUGGAACAACACGUGAGGACACGUCACAUCCUGUCUUUGUUUGUACAUGUAGAUUCCAGGGAACACCAGCUGCUGUGUCAUCUCGCCGGGGUCAUACGUUGACCUCUACCUAUCACUGUUCAUUUGUAACACUGCCCCCUUCUUAGAUCUGUUCGUCCCGAACAGAUUCUACUUCAUCACGAUACUGAUGAAAUCGAUCGACGAUCAAGUAGGAAGCUUUGGUGGUUGCCCCCUUCUCAGAGAUGUUCUUUCAAUCUGGCCGUUGUCCAUCUUCUUUCCAUAGAAGAAUGGGAGCCAAAUCCUCAUUUUUUCAGCGAUUCCUCACAAAUGUUUUCAUCAAUCUUGGUAUGGAAACAUUGACCUUCAGAUGACGACAUUGGGCACUCUUGUCGAGAAAUUCAUCAGCAUUCUAACGAGUUCGUGCUUCACUGGCUGAGUUUUACAUUUUCAAGCAUCUUUUUCCAGAGCUUCUUCAGAGAUGACCAGGUUCAUUACAGUACAGCAAUAUUCACAUGCUCUUCUUUUAAACAACAGCAACUGACUUGGGUUUGUACGAUUUUGGGUUGAUCUUCUUGUACAGUUCUGUCACAGAUGGUUACUCACUACAGUUCUGACAUCUUAAACUACUUCUUUUCUGUCCUUCUUGCUUCUGACUUAAUUAGCGUUCUUCUAAAAACCUCUGUUAUACUUCAUCAACCUAUUCUCAUGAGGAAUGUUCUUAGAUUAUUCAUUAGUGGCUUCACACUUUCAACUGAUUCGUAAGGCUUUCUUCUUUGGUUUAUGGUCCCGGACAGAAUCUUUCUAAAAACAUGGGCUGUGGGGUUUUAUUAGUGCAGGUGGGGGUCUAUCAACGGGAGAAGUGGUGGGCUUGUUUCCUAACAACAUGGGCUAUGGAGUUUCAUAAAUGCAGGUGGGGGUCUAUCAGUGGGAAAAGGGGUGGGUUUGUAUCUUGAUCUUGUUGGAGCCAUCCACGUUGCACUCUGCAUGUGUCGCUUUCUCCGCCUCCUCCACUUGAUAUUUCUUUGGUUGCGUUGAUGUCGAUGUCGUUGUCUUGCUUUCUUGUCAAUCACUGCUGAUGGCAGCCACAUAGCACAUAGGAAGGUAUUGCAUUUCAUGGCUGUAGUCAUCAAGACUGUUGAUCUAACAAGUUGCUUCAGCAUUAUUCUUCGAUGGAUGCUUUGCGAAUGAGCUGCAAGUCCACUUGAAGGCAAGUUGUCAAACACAUCAUCACCUUCAUCCGAGUUUGGAGGACUCGACUGUGGGGCAGGUUGAUAACAUUCAACGUGCAAAGGUCCAUCAACUUCAGCAUCAGUUUCUAUUGUAAUUCCUUGACUAUCACCAGGGCUUCUCACGCCUACCUUGAUAGCUGUUCAAGCUUCUGUUAAGUCUAGAGCUUGUUGGUGUAUUUCUAAGCAUUCACACUCUUCUUGCAUAGCUACGUACGUACAGUUCUUGUCAAACGCAUGAAUGCAGUAAUCAAACUUCGAGUUCCUCUCGUAGACACUGGCAGAUAGAAGACAGAAGUCUUUAAGGCCCACAGCAACAGGCUUGGACACAGACCCAACGUUGUCUUGUUCUGUCUGGCUGGUUGAGGUACUCAUAUCGGGUAUAUCUCUAGCAAAAUCUUCGGUUGAACUAUAGGUCUCUUCUCUUGUUUCUUCAACUGUCUCAUUCAGCUUCUCGUUGAAAUAGUAACAGCUAUCGUCUCUUUUCAUUUCUUGUGGGCCACAUUCAUUUGGUUUGCUAUCACAGUCAAAGACAGCACAACCAUCACCAACAUGCCUAUCGUAAUUGUCUGUAUCGCCACAUCCUUGGUUGGACAAUUGUUCGCUGUUCAUCAAUGGUGUAGCUCUUUCAUCAGUCGACUCAAUCUGAUACUGCUGGGUGUUCAGCAGCUCAUUAAUAAUGAUUCUCGUUUGAUCUUUUAUUUGUUCUUCUGUCUUGUUGGGCGUGGUAGCUAUUUGUUCAUUUUCAUUCAUGGCUUUGGUCAACUGGUUAAAUGAAGAAAAUCUGGUGUUGAUUUCUGAUUCUAUCUCCUUAAUGCUCUCUUUUACCGAGUUCAUUUUGUAUUGCAAAGUUCUCAGGAGCUCCAUCGUAUUAGGUUUGAUUUCAAAUUGGCAAGUGUCUGGAUUCUCAUCUUCCUCCAAUAGGGCUUGUCUGAGACGUGCGGUUAGCGUUUCCUUAUUUCCGUUAAGCUGUAGACCUCUUUCUCUGCCAUGAAUAGGUUGACCAUGUUUCACUUCCGUACAGCAAGGUGCUCAACACACAGGUCCGGUAGACUCUUUGGUACUGCUAGUCAGCAAUAUGUUGUCCCAGACUCUUUUCUGCAACCGUGACAUGGUGGCCAUUGCCUUGGCUAUCCUGUUGUUUAUGUCUUUAUCCAGUAGAGUGUUGUUGGAUAUGAUGGAGCCAAGGUAACAAAAGUGAUCCACAACUUCUAGUGGUUGGCCAUUAAUGCUUACUUGAGGUGCAGUGUUUGUGUUUUGGACAAGUAUCUUAGUCUUGCUUUGACUGAUGUUUAAGCCGAACUUCUGGCAAGCAGCAGAUAGUUUGUCAACCAUGGACUGUAGCUGAAUAUCUGAAUCAGCCACAAUAGCUGCAUCAUCAGCAUACAGGAGUUCCCUGAUAAGUAGCUUCCUAACCUUGGUUUUUGCCCGCAGCCUUGAUACAUUAAAUAGUUUUCCAGAGGAUCUUGUAUGGAGAAACACACCUUCGUUUAUGUCGCUGUACGCAUAAUGCAGUAGACAGGAGAAGAAUAUGCCAAACAGAGUAGGUGCGAGCACACAUCCCUGCUUGACACCACUGCAAACCUCAAAAGGUGCUGAUUGGGCUCCAUUGAAUUAGACAGUACAUUUAGUUUCCUCGUGAAAACACUCAAUUAACUUCAGUAGUUUGGGAGGGCAACCUAUUUUCCUCAGGAGUUUGAAAAGGCCACUUCUGCUGACCACAGUCACAGUCUCCACUCAGGAAAUAGCAAAGCUCUAUUUGAUGUCAUUAAAGCGGCCCUGGGUCCAACAGUGUCUAAGCCUGCCCCACUUCUAUCCAAAUCAGGAGAAAAAAUUACAGAUCAAACCAAGCAGCUAGAACGAUGGACAGAACACUACCUCGAAGUCUAUGCCACACAGAAUACAGUAGACGAUGUCGCCCUGGCUUCUCUACCAGAUCUUCCAGUACUGGAAUGCCUAGAUGAGCUUCCGAGCCUUAGUGACCUCAAAAAAGCAAUUAACUGCUUAAAAAAUAAAAAAUCUCCUGGGAGCGAUGGUAUCCCAGUGGAAGUAGUGAAAGUCAACGAAUCACUCCUGCUCCCUGAACUCUAUACUCUCCUCUGCCGCUGUUGGGAAACAGGUCAUGUCCCACAGGACAUGCGUGACGCAACUAUAGUCACAAUAUACAAGAACAAAGGGGAUCGGAGUGACUGCAACAACUAUAGGGGUAUCUCUCUCCUCAGUAUAGUGGGCAAAAUCUUUGCUAGAGUGGCACUAUCCAGGCUGCAAGUGAUAGCUUCUAGAGUCUACCCAGAGUCUCAGUGUGGAUUCAGGAGUGGUAGAUCCACUAUAGACAUGAUAUCUUCUCUACGACUACUGCAGGAGAAAUUCAGAGAGAGAGACAGACCCCUUUACAUUGUUUUUGUUGAUCUGACUAAAGCUUUUGACAAAUACGUUAGACAAAAACACACACACCAAACAUCGAUAUGUAUCAUUCUUAAUUAUAGAAAUAAUACAAUAAACAUAAACAAUGAGACCAAAACAUUUUGCGCCAAAUUUCCCCUGCGUCAAAACGGCUGCGCCAAAAAGACCCUUGCGCCAAAACGGCCACGCAAAAAAGGCUGCGUCAAAACGUCCUGCUUCGUCGCGGGACUUAUCCUUAGACACGACGAGACACAUUUCCCAAAGACAGCCAUUGCAUUGGUCCAAAAAGAGAGUAACGGAACAGGGUCGUCUCUAUUUAACAUGGCGUGGAAGUUUUAAGAAAACCUGAAAUCAUUAUGCUCUAGCAGGGAAGAGGCUAAGGAUGUCGCUUGUCACCAAUCUCCGUGGAGAGAGACUGCCAACCUAUGCGCACACUUGCACGGGGUAUCUAAGUACCUCUGAUAUUUAUAAUGUCAUGUCUAGAGAUGCUUGUUAGUCACAAUAUAAUCUUUAAAAUUUCUUGUGGUCAAGCUCAGAAAUACUGAUACAUCACAAUAUAAUCUUAAAAUUUCUCAUGGUCAAGCUCAGAAAUACUUACACGUCACAAUAUGAUCUUAAAAAUGUCUUGCGGCAAGCCUAGUGGAAUAUGCGCUGAUACAAGGAAGCUUGUUCUUUCCGUCCCUGACAGCUACCAGCAUAUGCUGACCUGCUGUAGCUGAAGCCUGGAAUAGCUCCAGGAUGAAUCCUUCUCUAGAUACUCGUAUCUGUUUUGUCUCAUUGAGAAAUUAGUAAUCCUAAUAUGGAUAGUGAAAAAUUAUGGAAGAUCUAUUUUUAUGUCUUAAACGCUUUCCCUUUUGUAGCCUGCAAUUGCACUAUGCAACUUCACUGUUUACCAUUGAACACGAAUAAGUAUUUCUACAGGCUAAAUCAUAGACAUAGAUAUAGGUCUAUGGGCUAAAUAGUGUUGAUAAUUGAAAAUUUGAAAAUAUUGAUUCAGGGUAUUUAUAUUAUGCAAUUGCUGGAGUAAGGUUUGAAACUGGAAAAAAGUAUGUGCACGUGUGUGUAUGUGUGAUCAAUAAUUGAUGUGCGUAAGGCCUGCAAACUAAAGCCAGUGAUUGAAAUUGGUGUCUUGCCUAAUUUAUUUUAUAACAUAUAUAAUAUCAUAUGUGGAUAGGUUAU